AUGUUUCAGCGCAUCACAAGACGGGCAAAAACUCGACAAACUGGAAAUCGUUCUCCAACCAGAAAGCCAAUUCGAACCAGCAGCUCCAAGAGUAAAUCUUCCAACAAUGCAUUCUUGGGAUCCAAUUCUUCUUCACCGACUUCUCGAAAUCAUCUCAAUGCAAAACGGGACAAUUGCUUUUGGAUCCUUUGGAUGUUGAUCAUUGGUUUUGUUAUAUAUGCGGGUGUUUUGAAAUGGUUCAUGAUUCAUACUGAGAGGGAAGCAUCAGUAAGGUUUCGCGACGAUGAUGGUGGAAGUCGUCAUGGUACACAUCACGGCAGCCCUUAUAACCAAGUCGAUGCUCAAGAAGUUCUUACUACUGUCCAAAUGGAGGUUCCCUAUACGGAUGUGAUACCGGAAGAAAUAUUACAUCCUGCUGCUAUAAUUUCAACAAUGAAGCCGAAUAUUCGACAAGUUGACAGACAAUCAAGAAAGCCACAGGAGGAAAAAGAGAUCAAGCAACUGCAAUCUCGAGAAAUGAAAGAAUCCAGAAUAAAUGGCGAGACGAAUCAAAUUUCAUCACCGGCAACUGGAACCUCGUCGUCCCAUCCCAGACAACUCACACUGAGCACCACCAAAGACCAAAAGCCAAUCUACUAUCAAGUUUCAAAUUCAAUACAGAAACUCAUCAUGAACGAUGAUUCACAAGGAACGCCAAGAGAAAUGAUACUACCAAUACCGAAUGUGACAGAGACGGUGCAACCAGAAUCGAAUGAUGGACCCACAACAACAGAAAAUGUCGAUACAACAGAUCAGACACUCAACCCUUUGCAAGAACGAAAAGAGCAAUGUAUCCCACAAGAGUCAUGGCAAACAGAUUACCUGAUAAACUGCAACCAAUUACACGAAUUGGAUAUGGUUUCGUCAAGCAUACGAGACAAGCUGAAGUUCCUUGGACAAGGUUGGUUUCGGGCCGCAUGGAAAUUCUCAUUCACCAAGUACACUUACGAAACGACGGAGGAAAGUGGCACCACGAAAACUGUGACAAUGACUCAAGAAGGACUGGUUAUGAAGACGCUUCGAAUGGAACGAGAAUUCCUAGACGAAUAUUACGAGCUGCACCGACGAGAUGCAGUGGCCAUGGAACGCCUGACAUGGAGUCCGUACGUGAUGGAUGUCUAUGGCUACUGUGGACAAUCAGCUUUGAACGAACUUGCCUAUUUCAAGAAGGAAAUCAACAACCUGGAGCAACUCGACCGAGCGAUGCGAAAUUUCAAACAAAAGGAUCCGAAGGAACGGGAAAAGGUGGAAUAUAUGAAAUUGAAACUGUCCACCAGUGUUGCCACUGGGAUCUCGCAUGUGCAUCAAGUUCAUUCUCCUUCCUCUAUUGCGUCUGGAAGAGAGCCAUUGCCCUCCAAGGCAUUAAUGUCCCACUACGAUAUCAAUCCAAGGAAUAUUGCCAUUGUGGCGGGAGGCAAACCCAAAUUGAACGACUUUAACAUUGCCGAAUUCAUCCAAUACAAUCCCAACACGAAUCAGAGUUGUGGGUUUCCAUCCCGGCUCCACGAACCUUGGUGGCGAGCUCCCGAAGAAAUGUACAUGCCCCAAGAUGUGGAGGUUGACAUGCGACUGGUGACUGAAAAAGUCGACGUCUAUGCCUUGGGUGCCGUCCUAUUUCACAUUCUGACCACCCAUUCGCCACGAGGCAAAAUGAAGAAGGAACGCAUGGACGAAGUUCGUGAGGUGGUGGCCCAGGGAAUCGCACCGACCUUGCCAGCACCCUACAAUGUGAGCGAUGCUUCCCCCGCCGUCCAAGCAAUUCGACAAGCGAUGGAAUUGUGCUUUGUGGUCGAUCCGGUGCAACGAGGGAGUGCCCAUCAAGUGGCCAAAAUCCUUCAAGCUGCAGUCAAGGUCUACGAAGAAGGCAAUAGUGGUGGUGGUGAUGGUAGUACGGAGGAUGACGAAGAAGGAUCUGGGAAGGACUAG